GAGCAGAGCCGUAACGACGGGGGUGCAAGAGGGGCAGCCGCGCCCCGGGCGUCCUCGUCAGAGAGGGCGUCGAACGGCAAGCCCUGGCAGGUAUAAGCCCCAAUAUCAUGAUCAUCAGAAUGGAGGCUCUAGGGCAUAAUGUAGCAACGAGAACAGUCCACCGCCUGGCGGCGUCGACCACGCGUCGUCAGCGUGCAAUUUUCUAUGGAUCGAAGUGGUGGCGAGACGUGGGUCAUGGCGAUGGUAGCCGUGGAAGACGUGUACCACACCAUCUGGACUUGCGUCUGUGCCAGAGAAAUUGUCCUCGACUCCUUCUUUCACCGGUACAAACAGAGAUGUCCCUGGUGUAUCAUCUUCUUCCUAUUUCACCUUUACUUCCUCCGGAAAGGAUCGUCCUGGGCACCGCACAAGAUGGCGUACUUGCUAGACAUGCUGUUCCACCUGGUCUGCGUUCUGUGGCAGGGACUGCUCCUGACGGCAUACUUUCGUUGUGCCACUCUCGGGAUGUGCCGAACUUCGCUCGUCAUUGUCGUGGCGAGUAUCGCCUACCACACGAGCGCCCUCUGUGCUUACUACCGUUGGCUCAGUGUAACACCAAAGGAGGGACAGCCCCCUUGUCUCUUUGCCCUCUGCGGCGAACAAGUACGCCUCUGGUGGUGUCGCGUUCCUCCGCCAUCUUCCAGCGUCCACAUGGAGCAGGAGAUGCUGGGACAUGACCGACACUCGGCCUCUAUGGGUUUUUCCCAGCAUGCAUUGGCGACGGUGGAAGUGGCUUCACAGGAAAGCAUGUCCACGGACGUGUUGUAAAACGCAAGGCCACAACUUUGCAUAUCUCACGAAUCGAAAUUUGGCGGUGGCGCAUGGUAGGCAAAGCGGAGAGUUUCAGGCCAUUGACAGGCAGAGAAAAAGCGACUGAAGCCGUGAUAAGAUACUUCCUGAAUAUCGAACUCUGUUCUGUCACUCCCAAACCGUACAACGUGCAUUUCGCUCCAAAUCACACGGUAUGCCUUGGCUGAAGACACAACAUAGAAGGCAUUAAAGCAUACACUCUGAA